AUGACCGCACCACCCAUGCAGCGACGUGACGACGUCCGACGAGUAGCCGUCGUAGGGGCCGGUAUUAGUGGUGUCGUCAGUGCUGCCCAUCUCCUCCGCGCCGGGCUUGAGGUGGUCGUCUUUGAGAGGAAUAGCGAAGUCGGUGGGAUAUGGAUACACACCACCGAGACGGCGAUCGAGACACAGUAUCCUUGCCUCCGGCCCGAGGACGCAGACACGGAGCUGCAGGGUCACGGCAAAGUCGGUGAUACGGAGCGGCGACGGCUGCUUCACGCACCACCCGGGCCAUGCUACGACAGCUUGCGAAACAACAUCGACACCCCGCUGAUGCAGACAACACUGAACGCGUGGCCCGAGGGCACGCCGAGAGUCGUCAGUCACCCCGCGGUGAAGGACUAUAUCCAAGAAACGGCUUCAAAGACGGGAACAUGCGCAAUCACGGUGUUUGGCGCGCUGGUGACGAGGAUUGAGAAGCACGACUCUAAAUGGUGCGUGCGGUGGGCUUCCUUGAAGGAGCAUGACGGCACCGGCUCGGCGGUCAAGGACAAUUUCUCGAUUUUCGAUGCAAUCGUCGUCGCAAAUGGCCACUACCACGCUCCGCUGAUUCCUGACAUUCCUGGGCUUGCCGAGGCCAAGUCGAAAUAUCCUGCCCGGAUAAAACACUCAAAGUGGUUCAGAAAUAACACCGGCUACAAAGACAAGAAUGUGCUCUUGAUAGGCGGGGGUGUAUCAUCAACGGACAUUGCCAGGGACAUUGGCCGUUGUGCACGACGCAUCUACCAGAGCACCCGAGGCGGCAUGUCCGACAUGCCAGCCAGCGUUCUUCCCGCCAACGCGACGAGAAUAGCCCAGGUGUCGGCCAUCAGCAUGGAAGCCGAAGAUGGGCCAGACGCCCCCUUCACCAUCCAUCCAACGCGCGGGCUUUCCAUACCUGGCAUCGACGAGAUCAUCGUCUGCACCGGCUACCAGUUCACCCUGCCCUUCCUCCCUCAAUACCACGACGCCCAGGCUUCUCCCGCCGCCGCCCGCGACGACACGCUGUUCACCGACGGCGGGCAGCUGCACAACCUGCACCGGGACAUCUUCUACAUCCCCGACCCGACCCUGACCUUUGUCGGCGUGUCCGUGUUCACCACCACCUUUCCGCUGUUCGAGUUCCAAGCCGCGGCCGUCGCCGCCUUCCUGUCUGGCGUGGCAAGGCUCGCCCCAGAGGCGGAUCUCCGGCGCGAGUACCGCGAGCGCGUGGCGAGGAAGGGGCUAGGCAGGUACUUGCACUCGCUCAAGGAAGAAGAGGAAGAGUACGUGGACGGCCUGGUGGCGUGGGUGAACGCGGGAAGGGCGAGGUGCGGGAUGGUGCCGAUGGAGGGGCUUACGGCGACGUGGAGGGCAGAGAAGCAGAGGAUAAGAGAGCAGAUUGCGAGACUGCGCGCUGCCAGGGCUGCGGAGAGGGCGGCUGAGGUGGUGAACGGAGUAAAGGCGGAGGAGGAGCGCGGGAUCAGAAACGAGCAAAAGGCAUUUUGA